AUGGCUCUGUUUCAUUCGAGAGGAACUCAGCGACUGGAAGUGAGUAGUGCAGAGCAUGCCUUGAAGGUGUUCGAUGAAUUGAUUCAGAAGUGUGGAAAGUUAUUGAAGAAAUGCAGAAGUGUGGUUUCUCUGCGGAUGCAUCAACUACGGAAUUGGCCUGCCAACACAGCAAGCACUCGUCGUUGUGGAUUUUUCUGGCCAAAGAUUGAUAUUUUGGGGUUGGAAUUGGUAGACCAGGUGUCACGUCAAUAUAUAAAGACCAACCUGGACCAAACGCUCAAUUCGUGUUCAUUCUUGGAGUCUUUUUCUCUGAAGAUUCGGUGGAGAGGUGUAGGUGCUAAUCUUUAUCGGCCGUUGGAAUUCUGCCUGCCUAAAACUCUCAAGAGCAUCAAGUUGCAACCUGUGCUUGAGGGAGACGUAUGCCAUGCGUUUAGGAACUAUUCGCAGGCAGCUAAUGUCAGCCCCCGUAUAUCUGGACCCUCUUUUGGAUUUGCACUCUAGCAAUUGUCACUUGUGUUAGAUGUUAUAACAGAUCAGCUCGUUGCUGCCAUUGCCAUUUGUGACAAUUUGGUGGAGCUAGAUCUUGAAGAUCGGCCAGUUCAGGAACCUUUGCCAAACCAUGACUUAACCAGUGUAGGACUUUUGAGUCUGGCCACUAGAUUUCGUUUGAAGGGAUUGUCUCUUGUAAGAAGUAGACAGAACUGCCAAGUCUCGUUUGAGGAAGUGGAUGAUAUGGGCAUGUUUCUUUUAUCUAAAUACUGCAUGACUCUAGAGUCUGACUGUGGGCUCUCCAGAGUAAGUGACGCUGGUUAUGCAUCAGUCCUACAAUCCUGUCCAAAAUUGAAGAAAUUCGAAGUGCGUAAUGCCCUCCUUUUGUCAAACUUGGCCUUCGUUGAUCUUACUCGGUUCCCAUGUUCUCUAGUUGAGGUGAAAUUGUUGUCAUGCUGUCUUAUAACUUGUGAAACCGUGAAUCAGCUCACCAGUUCUGGGUUUCUAGAAGUGCUUGAUCUGUAUGGCUGUAGGAGCCUCAUCUCCAUUGCACCGCUUCGUAGCUUAACCAUGCUAAAUCUUUCAGGAACCGAUAUAUCUGAUUACGGCUUAUCUGUGCUUGGGAAAGGGACUCCAUCCAUCACACAUUUGUGCCUGAGAAACUGCAAGGGUGUGACUGAUGAAGGAGUUGUAUUAUUAUUUCUUGGAGGAGGCACAAUAGGCAAAACAUUAUCAUCCUUGGAUUUAGGACACAUACCAGGAAUAUCUGAUAAAGCAGUUCUCACAAUUGCUGUGGCUGGUAAGGAGAUUACUGAUUUGUGUCUGAGGUAUUGCUCCUCUUUGACUAGUUUAUCACUAGAAGCUUUGGCGACAAGGAAACAGCAUCGAGAUGAUUGUAAGCUACUUCGAAGGCUUGAUCUUUUCAAUUGCAGGGGUUUAUCUGCUGACUCAUCUAGAUUGCUGAAGAGGUCUUUCUUCGCUGGACUGCACUGGCUUGGUAUUGGGAAUACUCGACUGAAUGGUAAAGGAUGUCCAGUUCUCAGCGAAAUUGGUGAUAGAAAACCAUGGUGGACAUGUCUAGAUGGCUGUGAAAUUGGAUGUCAUGAUGGAUGGCAAUUCCAUAGAGCUUGAUGUCCUCAUGAAAGACCUCUUAUAAAGGGUAAUUUCUGCCUGAAACAUUGUGGUUCGGCCAUCACUGGCGCUUUUCAACAUUUUAGACUAUUCAGAGCUAAUCUACGCUAAUGUAUUAUUUUCUUUUACACAUUGCAACUUUUAGUUGGUUCCUUACUGACCGUAUAUAAGGAA